AUGGCGAUGAAAGUUUGGCAGUUAGUUUUUUUUCAACGAUUGAGUAGACAAGUAACAUUAGUAUGUCUUCAAUUAAUUAAUGCUGAACGUCAAAAUGAAGUAAUUAAUACCCAAUUAAUUAGUCAAGUUAUACAAAGUUAUAUUGAUCUUGGCUUCACUGCAAACCCAUCGAUUUUAGAAAAUAAUCAUCAAAUAACAUCUCCGGCAUUGACAAUUUAUAAAGAUUAUUUUGAAGAACAAUUUCUUCAAGAAACAAAACAAUUUUAUCGCCUUAAAGCAGCUAAUUUGCUUGCUCAUAGUUCUGUGACUGAAUAUCUAAUACAGGUAGCUCAAUGUCUUGAUGAAGAAACAUAUCGAAUACAAUCGUAUUUACAUCCAUCAACAUCAGCAUCAUUGAUGGAAACAGUCGAAAAAGUACUUAUUUGCGAUCAUCUUGAAGCAAUCUAUACUGAAGCAAAAGCACUUUUACGUAAUGAAAAACAUUCAGGGAUGUAG